AAAGGGACGAUAUAUAAACAGCCCCCCCUGACUCGCCGGAAUUUCCAACUGAAACCCCGCCAAAAUUCAACAAACUUAGCUUACUGAAGCAUCAAUCUCUCCUCCAAUGGCGUCUUCUACCUCUGGUUUUAUCGCCGCCGUUCUGUUCAUCGUGAUCCUGAACCAAUCGGACGCCGUCUCCGCCGUCCAGAGGCGAGAGAUGGACUCGAUGUUGACUGCUCUGAGAAGCAACGGCUACGGUCUCUUCAGCAACGCCAUUGUCACCUCCGACCUCUCCUACGAUCUCGUCGACGGCGGAGAAGCUGCUUUCACCGUCUUCGCCCCGACCGAUUCAUCUCUCUUUGCGCUGGACAUGGUGAACUCGGCGUCCGAUUACACCGCCACUCUCCGCUGCCACGUUGUCCCCCAGCGCCUCUCCGUCCGCGGCCUCAAUAGGCUCCGUCCUGGUUCAUCUCUCCGCACUCUCGCCGCCGAUCAUGAUCUCCGCGUGGAGAGCCGUCGCUCUACACCGUCUGGUGACGUCAUAUCCGUCGACGGCGUGGACGUCGUCGCGCCAGGACUGUUCUAUGCCCGCAACAUCGCGGUUCAUGGCUUGAAAGGGAUUCUCAACUGUAGAUCUCGUCGAGCUCAUGAUGAUGUACUGGUGCGGCAGCCGGCAACGCCUUCGAGGAGUGAACCGCCGGCGGUUACUCAAACGGAAUCUCCUUCGGAAUCCAAUCUCACCAUCGCCAAGUCCAAUUCCCCUGUCUCACAUCGCUUCAAAAAGGCGCCGCAGUCCACGAAUUUUUCUGUUGAUAAUUCAUCAAUGGAUGUCAAUCCGAGUGGAGAAAGCUUCAAUUUGACGCCAUCUCCGUCUAUUGAUCUCUCCAAUUUCAUAGAUCCGCCGAGCGCCGCCGCCCCUAUUGACUAUGAUAUGGCGGCCACUUUUCCUCCGGCGCUACAGAAACACGGCAGUGAUUCAAUCGCCCCUUCAUAUUCGCCGCCAACAAUGAUGUAUUUUCCUCCAGAGGUUCAACAGGCGUUCGGCGCAUGGACGGACACAUCAACCGCUCCAUAUUUCUCUCCGGUUACUGAAUUCGAACCGCCGGUGCCGGAAUUCUCUGAAAACGACGAUCCGACGCUUUUUCCACCAUCUCCAGCUAUCACGCUUCAGGUCAACAGAGGCCGCCGGAAGAAGGCCUUUACGUUUGAGAACGGUGAAGUCCUUCGUUACAUGCCGUUGAUUUCUCCAGAUGACAUCUCAGAGAGCGAGGGGAAUGGGUGGGAAAGUUUCGGACCAUCGGAUGAGAAUACUGCUGAUUGUCCGGCUUCAGAUGAACCGGCGCAGGCCAAAUUCACCGGCGGCGACCUCUACACACGCCAGAAAUGUACCCCCAUAUAACCCACACUUUGCUAAUCUUCUUCUUCUUCUCUUAAUUCUUCCCUGUUUUCUUCAUGUUAGCUUUAAAAAAAUUGCAGAAGCUUAAAUGCAAGAUACCCUUGCACAGUCAUCAGACAUCACAUACACUUUGCAAAAUAUGAUGAUGUGAACGAGUUUUAUGCCUUCAUAGCCUAAUUAUCAGUUUACCACCCUAAAAUUGUCCAUUUAAACUUGAUUGCAAUAUUGGUGUGACAUUUCUUUUAUAAUGUCUUGGUUUAUAAGAAUCUUUUUAGUUAAUUAAGAUUUUGUAUGAAA